GCUGUGCCUCAACACACUUGACUCGCGACUGUUUACUAUCAGAAGACAGCACAGAAUGGGGAGUCCCGCAUGAGCAGAACAGAUAGCCUAAACCCUCAUCUUUCCUGAGUCUCGGCUGAGGAGGAACACAACGUUGUGACUGUUCUGUUGUGUGGUGGUCAUGCAGCACCCUAACUUCGAGACCCACCACCCUCUCCAGCCUGAUGGAGAGCAGGAGCCUGGCUUUGACCCUCUCCACAACUUCAACAAGAACCACAGCCGUGGAGGAUCUCUGGAUAGUAGCAGGUUGUCUUACUCAGAGUCUGAGUCCACCUUCCUUUCCUACAGGAAAGAAUGGGAUGACUUGUUCCUGAACAGUAAUUAUCUGGCCAGGAUUCGGCAGGCAGGCAUCAGCGGCCGAUUGCGGAGCAGCCGAUUCCGCAGUGUGUGCUGGAAGUUGUACCUGGAGGUCCUUCCUGAGGAUAAGAGCCAAUGGCUCAACAAGACCAAGGAGCUGCGAGCCCAGUAUGAGAAGAUCAAAGAGACUCACAUCACCAACCCCCGUAAAGCUGCAGGCCAGCAGGACCUGGUGGUCAACAAUCCACUCUCGCAGGACGAGGGGAGCCUGUGGAACAAGUUCUUCCAGGACAAAGAGCUGAGAGGGAUGAUCAAACAGGACGUGAUGAGAACUUUUCCUGAGAUGCGUUACUUCCAAGACGAGUCUGUCAGGACCAAGCUGACAGACAUCUUGUUCUGUUACGCCCGAGAGAACGAACUGCUACUGUACAAACAGGGAAUGCAUGAGUUGUUGGCUCCUAUCGUGUUUGUCCUGCACUGUGACCAUCAGGCCUUUCAGCAUGCCAGCGAGACCGCGUACCCCAGUGAGGAGAUGCUGUCUCUACUGAAUCCUAUGUUCCAUGAGCAUGAUGCCUAUGCCAUGUUCUCCCAGCUGAUGGAGACAGCAGAACCCUGGUUCUCCAGCUUCGAGAGAGAAGUCAGAAGGGGGAAGGACGAGAUGCUGACCAGCAUGCCGUUCGCCCGUCCGCAGGACUCGGGGCCGUCUGUUGCCAUAGUGACCAAAGUGAACCGCAUCCAGGACCAGCUGGUGAAGAAGCACGACGUGGAGCUGCACAUGCACGUCAACCGCCUGGAGAUCGCCCCGCAGAUAUACGGCAUUCGCUGGGUGCGUCUGCUGUUUGGCCGUGAGUUCCCCCUGCAGGACCUGUUGGUGGUGUGGGAUGCCCUGUUUGCUGACAGCAUCACUCUAGACCUGGUGGACUAUGUCUUCGUAGCCAUGCUGCUCUACAUCAGAGAUGCCUUGAUAGCGAGUAACUUCCAGACCUGUCUUGGCCUUCUAAUGCACUACCCACCUAUAGGAGACAUCCACACCCUACUACACAAGGCUCUGUUCCUCAGAGAUCCCAAGAACAAUCCUCGGCCAGCCAACUACCAGUUUCAACAGAAUCUGGACUACUACAAGACCAGAGGAGCGGACCUGGUCAACAACACCCGUGCCAGUGGCAAGAUGGCUCCUCUCAACAUCAACAAGGUCUCCAGCAGUCUGCUCAGCUUCGGUAGGAAGCUCAUCGCCCCUGCUCUGUCAGGGGCUGGCUCCAGCGGCAUCUCUCCAAUUAAUAGCGAGGUCCUGUCUGCCCCCUCCCCCGUCACUGUGGGUGCUCACCCCCAGGCCGAGCCCUUGUUGUCUGGCCAUGCACCCCUGCAGACGCAGACACCCCCCCAUUCCCAGCACCACCGCCUACUCAAGUCUGAGAGUAUGCCUGUCCACCUGAGCAAAGGCCAAAUCUCCAGGACAGCUAGCUCCUCACCCAGCAUAGAGAGCCUCUCUGGAGGGCGGGGUCACACCACUGCAUCCCCACCCCUUCCUGUCACCAGGGAAAGUGACACCAGCACGUCGUCUCCGCCCCUCUCGGCCACCAAGAAGGAUUCCUUCUUCAACAUCACUCGCUCUCGCUCCCACAGCAAGACCAUGAUGGGCAAGAAAGAGGCUGAGGAGGAGUUGGAGGCCCAGGUGUCCUUCCUGCAGGGUCAGAUCAACGACCUGGAGGCUAUGAGCAAGUACUGUGCCAAGAUGAUGAACACACAUAUUGGUAAGAUCCAGGAGGUGAUCCUACAGGAGCACCUGGAGAAAGAAGACGAGGUGUUGGUGUCACUGGCUGGACUCAAACAGAUCAAGGACAUCCUGAAGGGAGCGCUGCGUUUCAACCAGAGCCUGCUGGAGGCUGAGGAGAACGAGGAGAUCACCAUCGCUGACGACCACUAUGACCACGCCUCCAAUGCCGCUGCAGCCAUCGUAGAACAGCUCGCCAACCGUCACCAUGACAAACACCCCUUCCAGGCCACACCGCAGCGUGGCGACGGUGAUGGAGAACAGAAGGACAGAGAGGAGGAAGAGCAUGAGCACACGGAGUCAGAGCAACAGGCGUCUCCCCCAGAGUCAUCUCUGUCUGUGGGUUCUGAGGGGAAGAACUGGGACGACUACAUCCUGGUCUCGCAGGACGGAGAGCUGCAGCCCACCGAGGGAGGGGCCGAGAGGACCCCUCCAAUCAGACUGCUCCGUGGCUCGCUCAGGGUGGAGCCAGAGGGCGUGGGGGUGUUCCAGGACCCCCUAAUGGGUGCAGCGUCUGGCUCCUCCAGCCCAGACGAGGGCAGCACUCACAGCAAAGACUAUGACUUCACCAUCGUCAACCCCCAGGACCUGUGAGGGACUAUACUGUACUGAUCUGGGUGGGAGUUACCCCUAACCAGAGAUGUAGGAUCAGUUUAUCAAUCCCCUUAUCCCCACCUUAACCAUUAGGGGGAGAAAUGCAAAACUGACCGUAGAUCAGUCUUUAGGGGGUUACUUCAUCCCAACCUGGAGGAUAUGCUGUUUCAUAGGGACAAACCAAUGUGCCACUGCUGGAUGAAACUUGCACAUGUGGACUGGGCUAUGACAGCCAACCUACUGUCAGGCAGUCGCCAAUACUUUAUAAUUUCCUCUGUCUGUCCUCAUGUCUGACACAUUACCCUCUCUAACCUGAUCUGUAUUCCUUGAAUACUAUAGAUCUCUCCUAUGCCUAUUGCCUGCCCUCCUGUAUGCUUGGGUCUUAGCAGUUAUCCAACCCCACCUCUGACUUCAAGACAAGUGACUUUAAUAAUACCCAUUUUGCCACAAGAUGGCACCACUAGGACAGUUCACUACAGGCUACCCUCAGGAGCUGGAAUUCAUACUGCAUUUAUCAGUGUGGGGAAUCCUUUCCCUUCUCUCUGUAUGUAGCAGUAAUUGAAGGGUAGGGUAGUACCCUGUUUCUCCAGGUAGGGGAGCUGUCUGUCCAUCUAAUGCCUGUGUCUAAAGAUGACUUGUCUUACCGCCGUUCAUCUCUUCUUUGAUUGGUCUUUAACUGUUCAAGAGAAGUUGCUCCUAACAGAUCUAGGAUCAGACUCCCAAUCGCUAGUCCUUCACCUACCAUUAGGGGGAUUUUAAAAUAUCUGAUUCUGUAUCGGUUGUUAGGGACAACUUCUAACCAGUGCCUGUAAAAUCAUUGGCAGAUUACCUGACUCCCUCUUUCUCCUUGACGUUGUUAGAAGCUAUUUUAACCUGCACUGCAUUACAAGGUGAAAGUUUUUGUUUUUUUAAGAAAUUAAUUCAAAUUUAUCUAUGGAAUAAUAACAGGUUUCAUUUAUUUCCGGUGUCCCUGUAUUUAGUUCUCUUGCUUCCUGUGGUAGCCAAGUAAAGCAUUGCACAUAAGGGAUGUCCCUAUAACCCAGAUUAACUAGACCAAUAAAAGCAUUGCACAUAAGGGAUGUCCCUAUAACCCAGAUUAACUAGACCAAUAAAAGCAUUGCACAUAAGGGAUGUCCCUAUAACCCAGAUUAACUAGACCAAUAAAAGCAUUGCACAUAAGGGAUGACCCUAUAACCCAGAUUAACUAGACCAAUAAAAGCAUUGCACAUAAGAGAUGUCCCUAUAACCCAGAUUAACUAGACCAAUAAAAGCAUUGCACAUAAGGGAUGUCCCUAUAACCCAGAUUAACUAGACCAAUAAAAGCAUUGCACAUAAGGGAUGUCCCUAUAACCCAGAUUAACUAGACCAAUAAAAGCAUUGCACAUAAGGGAUGUCCCUAUAACCCAGAUUAACUAGACCAAUAAAAGCAUUGCACAUAAGGGAUGUCCCUAUAACCCAGAUUAACUAGACCAAUAAAAGCAUUGCACAUAAGGGAUGUCCCUAUAACCCAGAUUAACUAGACCAAUAAAAGCAUUGCACAUAAGGGAUGUCCCUAUAACCCAGAUUAACUAGACCAAUAAAAGCAUUGCACAUAAGGGAUGUCCCUAUAACCCAGAUUAACUAGACCAAGUAAAGCAUUGCACAUAAGGGAUGUCCCUAUAACCCAGAUUAACUAGACCAAUAAAAGCAUUGCACAUAAGGGAUGUCCCUAUAACCCAGAUUAACUAGACCAAUAAAAGCAUUGCACAUAAGGGAUGUCCCUAUAACCCAGAUUAACUAGACCAAUAAAAGCAUUGCACAUAAGGGAUGUCCCUAUAACCCAGAUUAACUAGACCAAUAAAAGCAUUGCUCUUGCUAAAGUAUGCCUGUGUCGUUGUGGCUUUGUACUGCUUUUCAACAGGACAUUGUAGUCUGUAGCAACAUGCUGAAUUGUGAGUACAACUUAACUCUUCAGCCGUACAAAUUGAAUAGAGCCUGACCCCUUAGUGUGUUUGAGUGUUGUCGGUCAGUGAUCACCAGACUGAUGUGUGUGUGUGACAUUUGAAAAUGCCAGUUCAAUACUUUGUGGCUUCUCUUUGAUGUCAGGCCCUAGUUGUCUCUCUGAUUGCAUGUGUGGCUAUCAAGAGUCCAGGGUCAAAGCUGUGUGAUUUUUGAGAGCACUGUUUUAUGGUAAUAAAGACACAGACAGAUUAUAAAUUA